AUGUCUUUCCUACCACGUCUUUUCAAACCGCCAGCGGUGAACUGUAGAGCAUAUUCUUCUUUUUUCUCGUCUAAACCAGGCGGAGGUCGAUACUUCAAUUCCGCUAAACCUCCCAAGCCUGUCGUUCCUUCUAGCAGAGCAAAGGUUGAUAAUGGAAACACCAGCGUCGCACCCAGUGAUGGAACGAGCAGCUCUGGGAAUGGGAACGGCAAGAUGAAGGUCGGAGGUGCAGAUGAAACUCCUUCGAUUCCAGCUUCGAACACAGUCGACGCAGCACGAAGUAACCCUUCCCUACCAUUUACAUCGCAGAUUUCGGCAUUUUCAAGCCAAUUCCACCACCAAGUUCAUCCCACAAUAUCGUCACAGGAUUUCAAUCUCCACCAAUUUUUCUCAUUGCAUCGACCACUUCUGCUCUUAUCUCAACCGCCAUCUACCAUCUUUGAGUCUGCGCCCCAGGACGCACCUCUCUUUCAGUCACCAGAAGAGAUGCCAACGACUCAAUUGCAGUCAGGGCAAUUUCCUACCCUCGACGAGCCGCCAGAAUCCUCGUUCGAGACUGAUGCUGAUGCUGCGAGGCAGCUUGGUCAUGCAUUGGUCAUGAAUCGCGUGGGUGGAAUAGUAUCCUGGCAAAACACUCUGGCAAAACUUGGUUUGGGUGAGGAGACUGCAGAAGGUAGCGCGGUUAACGCGAAAGAGUCUGCACAGGAGUGGGUCACUAUCUACGCUGAUAGCACAAAGCGUAAGAAGCGAAAGAAGAUGAAGAAGCACAAGUUGAAGAAGCGUCGCAGACUCACUCGCAUGCAACGCCAGAAUGCAAAGUAG